GUGUGUGUGAGAUCGAUGUGGCGGGUGCGGUGCCCGUACUGCCCGGGGACGCAGGGCCGGUGCGCGGCGACCGCGGCGGGGCGCUCCGUGACGGAGUGCGCCUCGUGCGGCCGCGUCGUGGAGGAGCGCCGCGUCCACUCCCACCCGCUCUUCCUACUCCGCGCCCUCGACACCCCGCUCCCCCUCUCCACCCCCGACCUCCUCCCCCCCACCAACAAACCCCAACCCCCUCCUCCUCCUCCUCAAGCCCACGCCGACCAUGGCCACCACGGCGGCGGCGACGACGACGACGACGACGACGACGACGACCCCUUCCUCCCCACCGGCUUCGUCACCGCCUUCUCCGCCUGGUCCCUCGAGCCCGCCCCCGUCUUCGCCCGCUCCGCCCUCUCCUUCUCCGGCCACCUCGCCGAGCUCGAGCGCGCCCUCCUCGGCGGCGGCGGCGGCGGCGGCGGAGGCGGCGGAGGAGGAGGCGGUGGCAGCGCCGAUCCCUCGGGGCCCCUCGUCUCCGUCGACAACCUCCGAGCCUACCUGCAAAUCAUCGACGUCGCCUCCAUUCUAGGGCUCGAUCACGACAUCGCCGACCACGCCUUUGAGCUCUUCAGGGACUGCUCCUCCGCGAUUUGCCUCAGGAAUCGCAGCGUCGAGGCCCUCGCUACCGCCGCGCUCGUGCAGGCGAUCCGGGAGGCGCAGGAGCCGAGGACUCUGCAGGAAAUCUCUACCGCAAGCAACCUUCCUCAGAAAGAGAUAGGCAAGUACAUCAAAAUACUUGGAGAAGCUCUAAAACUAAGCCAACCUAUCAAUAGUAAUUCGAUAUCAGUUCAUAUGCCCAGGUUCUGCACUCUUCUCCAGCUUAAUAAAUCUGCUCAGGAACUCGCUGCUCAUAUUGGAGAAGUGGUUAUCAACAAGUGCUUUUGCACACGUCGGAAUCCAAUCAGCAUAUCCGCAGCUGCUAUAUACCUUGCAUGCCAGCUGGAAGACAAACGCAAAACCCAGGCCGAGAUAUGCAAAGUGACGGGCCUCACGGAGGUCACUCUUCGUAAAGUCUACAAAGAACUGUUGGAAAAUUGGGACGAUUUGCUUCCCGCUAACUACACCCCGGCUGUGCCUCCUGAGAAGGCUUUUCCCAUGACAUCGAUUUCUUCCGGGCGUUCUUCAACUGCCAAAGCUGAUAUAAUCGACUUCUAUCAUUUGAACUCAAAUCAAGACAAGGAUAAGCACCCAGAAAUAGUGAAACAAAGUAGUACUUCUGAUUUUUUGGAGACAGAUCAUGUUUUCAAGGAGAAGGGCGAAAAGAAAAUCAGUUCUCGAGACGUGAAUCAGGCAGCCUUUUGGCAACCGACCGUUCCAUUUGUAGUGCCUAAACCAAAACUAGAUCGAGAAAAGGACCAGGCAAGUGAUCAAGGAAUUAAUCUUAAUGAGACCAAACCCAAGCUUACAGAAUCCGAUCAAAAAGUCAUUUUAGACUCGAAGAUUAAUACUAGCGAAAAUCGAUGGAUGAGUCAAGCGCCAUCGAUUUCUACCACCAAAAGGUACUCCAACCCAUGGCAGCCUGAGGCGGCUGCAUCUUUACCCGGAUCUUCUUAUCCGAGGUUCGCCAAGCAACAAACGGGCGGUGAUUUUGCUUCCGCCCUUCAAGGGGUGGGCAAAAGGAAUGGGGGUCAAGAACCCAAUGGCCAUCGUAAGAAGGAGGAGCAAUAGAAUUCCUAUAUGGAGUCCGAUUUGUAUAUAGAAUAUGGAAAUACCCUGCUCUCUCGACGCCGUCGUCAUAGACUCAGUUGUCUGUAAAAACUAAUGAUGUUUGUCGUCUCAUUAUGUGGUGCUGCAUGCUAUGGCAAAGUUUUUUUUUUUUUUUUUCAUAUGCUGACUAGUUUCUGUGUUAUGUGAGCAUCUCAUAUGAAGUUCAGCUGUUCAAGCUAACAUGUAGAAAGAAACAAUGCCUGCGAGUUUGCGAGUGUAAUUUUUUUUGGUAGCUAAAUGUUUCGCAUCAUACAUGCGCUUUAUGUUCAACUUGUGGAUCUAUAUUUUGUCCAGGAGAAAUUUGCGGUAUUA